AUGCCUUGUGGACUUACAAUCAAAGAAGCAUUGACAGAAUAUGAUAAUUAUGAAGUAGACGAGGAUGACAUGAGUGAUUUAGAGUUGACGAUUAUUCCGCCUCCUCCAGACGAAUUAAAAGACAAAGAAGAUAUUGAAGAAAAUACAUUGACAGAUAGUGUUGUGCGUGAUGUUGCAGGUACUUUAGAACUCAUUACCCCUAGUGAUAAACAUGAUGAUUCACCCUGUGGGAAGAAUGAGAACAAAGAUGGACCUUUAGCAAAGAAGAAUUUGAAAGCUGCAGGAACAAUCAGAGAGACUCACAGUAAAUCUUGUCCUUUAAUGAACUCCAAAAGAAUGGAAAAAGAGAAGGAACGUGGGUUUUACGACCACCAGUUCGACAAAGAAAAUGAAAUUUUAUUGGUGAAAUGGAGAGACAACAAACCAGUGUGCAUUGCAACUAAUUUCAGCGCUAUCACGCCUGUUUCUUCUGUUAAAAGAUACUCCCAGCAGAAAAAGAAAGAGAUAAAUAUACCAAUGCCAAAACUCUUCCAAGAAUAUAAUACACAUAUGGAAGAUGUAGAUUUAUUGGACAAGCAAGACUCCCUCUACAGAAUACGUGUAAGGUCUAAAAAAUGGUAG